CUCUGUUGUAGCUAGCGAUCAUCGCUCGUCCCAUUUUCUUCCUUGCUACUCUCCUCCUGUUCUUUACCCUCUCUUGCUCUCGCCAUCAGCACGAGAGAGAGAGAGACAGGUUCGGUGCAAAAAGCCUCAGAGGAUCCAAGAAAGAGGCAUCUCUACUUUCUUCUUUUUUACACUUUUCCCCUACUACACACCCUUCUGGCAACUUUUCUUGCUUCACUCUUCCUCUUCUCAUACAUUCUCUAAUCAUCCAUACGCCCACUCCAUCGCAAACACACAAACACACUGUCAGCAGCCAAAAUCCCAAAUAGAAGACAGGAAAGACAGUGCAUUUGCAUUCAGGAACGACGCCAAGAUGACGGAAGAUCCUCAAACUAUCUGGCUUGAAUGUUACAAGUCAACGCAGGAGCAGGAACGAAACUUGAAGGAGCUGCUGCACCAGAAGGGUGCCACCGGGGUCACCCUUGCUAGGGAUAGAUUGCGUGAAGAAUAUGAGCGACUGAUCCUGAGCAACGUUGUUCUGGCGCAAUCCAAAGAAAUUGAGUCUGCAUUGUGGAAAAAUGUCUUUUACAUUGUGAUCGAUGGUUAUCGACGUAAGCUUGCCACCCUUGGACGCCCUGAAAUCAAUAGCAAUGAACAGCAGGGAAGUAAGGUGGAUAAUCGCAGGAACAGAGAUAGCGGGAGAUCACGUCCACAUGGAACCAAGGGCAAUAAGACACCUGUACCUUCUAUUGAAUACAGAAAGGUUUCGACGAAGUUCAGAGCCUUCCUUCAGGAGGCAACAGGAUUCUACCAUCGGCUUAUUCAGAAUUUGGCAUCUUGCUACGAUCUGAACGAAUCUGGUUCAAGUACCCAGUCAUUCCCAAUUAGUGAUAAGCGUCCUUUGUUGGAAGUCACGGAUACAGCCCGUCAGUGUGCUAUUAGUAGCUGCCACAAAUGUUAUAUUUUUUUGGGCGAUCUUGCUCGAUAUCGACAAACGUAUAGCGAGUCUCCUAAGAAGAACUGGUCUGCUGCUCGUGAUUACUACAAUGAAGCUAGAAAUAUGCUUCCUUCCAGUGGUAAUCCAUACAAUCAACUAGCUGUCAUUGCUACUUUUGCGCCAAAUAAUUUCCUGGCGCUCUAUUUUUACUACCGCAGUCUGGCUGUUCGUCUUCCUUUCAACACUGCUCGCAACAACAUCAAAGUGCUGAUCCAGAAGAUGACAAUGGAUCCUGAUAACGGCAGGAAGUUUGUCAGAGAGGAGAAGCCCAAUGACCGCCAGGCAGCUAAUACCAAGGAUUCGAGCCAGCUGGACGAUUUUCUUUCAAAGUUUAUUCUUUUGCAUGGAGCCUUGUUCAUGAAUUCCUUAGAUAAAUUCGACAGUGGACUAAUGGGCGACACUCUUGAGCAAUUAAUCCUCGAUCGACACAUCGACCCUGACCUAAUGCUCAAGAUUCAAAUCAUUAAUAUGUCGAGCCUAUACACUAAGUGCUAUAUUCCUGAUGAGAGUCAAACAGCGACCCCUCAGCAGCAGAUUGAGUCUGAGAGACAGGCACUUGAGCUCAUUCUUGGAAUGUUUGCGACAAUCCUUCGAUACUCGGUUAAGGAAUUAGGGCAUCAUAGGAACGGUGAUCAAAAGAACAUUGGACGUCCAGCCGAUUUUUUGCCAUCAAAUGUCCAUCGCUCUAUGCCUACACUGAGGCUCACUCUCAAGUGGAUGCAAGUCAACAUUCAUCAUGUCAAGCGUUUAUCGGAUGGUAAUUCGGACGAGAAUAAGAGGCGUUUUCAACUUGACAUCAUCUUGAAUCAUUUGGCAAGAUUUUUGACUCUGCUCGGUCAAGUCCAUCCUUAUACCGAGGACACUAUUUUCUGUCGAGAUGUGCUCAAAGAGGAUGCAGAACUUCAAGGAUUCGCAGCCCUCAAGAGAGCAAUCGACGAACGACCUCUUUCGAUCAUUCCUCCAAGCAGAAUAAGUCCCAAAGCGGAGAUGCAGAUACGCAUCGCCGAUAUGUUUCAGGAUGCUCUUUCGCUUUCCAAAAUUGAUUGGCUUGGUUUUUAUGCCAGACUUACUGAAAUGGAGGGCGGAAAGCAAGGCCUACGUUUCUCAUCUGAGUGUGAAGAGGAUGUCGACUCGUCUGUGAGCGCAAUGUACUUGGCACAGGAGGAGGGAUCGUUGAAGUCAGUAUCACAGUCGCAAUCGCUUGAGGAGCAAGAUGAUGGUGAUGUCACAGACUAUGAGCGUAACGCAGAGGAUGAGGAUCUGAAUCCUUUUCAUGUUAGUAAAGUAAAGCGCAAUGAUCAUAUUUCAACUCCUCCUGUAUCAACUAACGUAGUCAAGCAAGAUAUCCAUCGUGACCAAUAUGCUAGUCAGAGACAAACCGUCGCCGCUUUGCUCUCUGAUGACGACAAUGAUCUUUCAUUAAUUGUUGGCAAUGACGACGAUGAUGACGACGAUGAUGACGACGAAGAAGAAGAGGUUGUACUGUUCAAAGGUCGUAGUAACGCUGCAAUUGGGAAACCAACGCCCAGACCAGCACAUUUGAAGACUGCAACUGGUGUCAUUGGUGCGGGACGACGGGGGUCAAUUUCCCCUACGCGAUCAAAUCAGUCUUCGCCUGGUAUGGAUGUGAAUGGGCCAUCCAAGUUCUCCUCAGUCCGCCCGUCACCUACUAUCGAUAGUCCGUUUGGCGGAUUUGAAUUUGACAUGGCUGAUGACUGGCGACACUCUAUUAGCUCACUCCGUUCAUCUCCCACCAGCAAUAUGAGUAGCAGUACUUGGGGUGGUCUAUCAAUCAAUUCAUUGGGCAAUGGCAUGAUCUCUCCUACUGUUUAUGAACCCAAAGACGCGAAUAUUAUUACAGGCUUCACCUCCAUUCCCUCGAGAGGGCCUCCUGGUGUUGCGUCGUUCCCGACAUGUCCGCCCUCAAUCAACCCAUCUGGCUUUUUUGAUGAGGAAUCGUUCUACCAACAUCAGCAGCAGUACUUCAGACCAGGACCAUAUGCUCGACCAAGAAAUCAAUAUCAGACCCAUGCUUUACCCCAACAUCAGCAGGAUAGAUCGUUUAUCCGCGGAGAACACGGCACCACUCAAAACAUGAGGGGCAGCGACUGGCGAUGAGAAAUUAUAGUCGAGUUAAAGCCACAAAUUCGCCAUUUUUUUAUCAUUACAAUCUCUUCGCUUCGCACAACGACAUAUCGUAGCGACCAAUGCGAGUAUUAUUUCUUUUUUUCUUUUUUUUUUUCUUUCACUCUGAACAAGCAGGCAAGGUGAUUAAAUUGACACCUCAGCUGAUGCAUCUAUUUGAGAUUGGAAUAAGUCAAUGAGGCAGGAUGUAUAGACAAGCGCUUUGAAGCCUAUUGGAUUACGGCGAUGCGAAUCUUUUCUCCGCAAUACUCUCCGUCGCUUGAAGAUCAGACAAAUCACUAUAACAAAGUAACAAAGGAAGGAAAACGAACGAAAGCGAGUACAUUAUCUAACAAACGGAUUUGGACAUUAGAUAUCGAAUAUUCAGGACACUCAAAAACACUGACAUCUUGUCUAGUAUCCAUUGACACUUUCAUAUGUCCUUUAUUUUACACAAUCAACGCUCU